UAUUCUCACACUUACUAACUUCCUCACCAAGGUUUUCCUUUUUCUCUUCCAUAUCACAUGUUUCCUGUGAAAACUGUUAAUUUUCUCCUCAGCCACCUCCUCCACUUCGUGACGGCGGCGUUCCGGCUAUUCUUGUCUUUGCUAUUUUCUUUUGUGAUUUUUCUAUUCGGAAAAGAAAAUUGCGGAUAGCACUACACCAUUGAAUUCAGUCUUAGAAACAAUGUCUUCUGUUUUAGGUUUAGCAGCAGCUUCUUCUUCACAAGUUAACCGCGUUCUUGAAAGGUCUAUGCAGUCUGUCCAAGUCCAAGGCCAACUCCAAGUCUUGUAACUUCAACAGCACUAGGUUAUUGGAAAGGUUACAGCCUUUUGAGUCAAUAAUCGUUGACGACUUAUUCUCCUGAGAAAAAUGAGCCAAGAAAAUGGAACUGCUACAUUCUCUACUACGUCUCCUUCGGAUGUUCACGUCCGAGAUCCUAACAAGCGCUUAAAAAUUUCAUACACAAGAGAAUUUCUUCUCUCCUUAGACCGAGCGGACCUCAUAGUGAAGUUUCCUUCUUUGGUUGAUGACAAGGCAUCCGAACUUUUCUCUUUACGUUUAUGUGUUCCAGAUCCCAGGUGUCAAAAAAGUGUGCCUCAAAAUUUUUCUCUAGAGGUUCCUCGUGAUGUUAAUCGUCUAUUGCAUAGAAGUAAUGAACCAUACCGGCCUCCAUGUCGCUACAAGUCACUUCCUUCAACUAGACAUAGCAAUAACUUGCUUAACGGUGACAUAUCUGGAUCUUGUGAGUGUGCAAAUCAAGAGAUAGCAGAUGGGGGAAUAUGCAGAAAAGGAAGAAUUUCAACGUGUGGUCCCUCAGAAGCUUGUAUGUCUCCUACUAGUGUGGAAAAGGAAAAACAGCUCGCUUCAAUGGUUGAUGACUGUGAAUCAUCUACGGUCUAUUGUAGAGGCAUGAAGCAAAAUCCAUCCAGCCCUGAUUUCCACGUGCGACGGGAGUUGAAAUUAAAUUCUUUCACUGAUAGCAUAGACGGAGAAUCGAGUUCGAGCUGUGAACUUUGCUUGCCUGACGAAGACAGUUUAAUUACAUUUGACGAACUAUUCUUGCUGUCCGAUGUGGAAAAUUUGGCUGUGGUUGAUAGUUCCAUGUCUAGUACCGCUGAAAGGAGUCCAAUUGAAGCUGAGGUGUUUAGUCCAAGCUCACCACGAGAAAUGAUUGAAAAGCUAGUGGAAUUUAUACUGAACGAAGAAAGUUCUACACCAAAUGUGGAUGAUCCAAUGGUGCACCGUGGAACUGGAUUGGGCUGCUUUUCCCACUCUACGCAUGCCCAACAAACUCACGCCGAGUUCUGCUCCAAUCAUUUGAAUCCAGAGAGGAAGGAUCAUCUGGACCAUAAUAGAUUUCAAAUAAACUCCAUUGAUUCGGCCGUACAUUCUUUUUUUUCCCACUCUUUCCCAUCCAACCCAUUUUCUCAACAUUUCCCUCUUUAUCACGACGAGCUGGAAAGGUUUGAUCAUGAAGUUAGUAAAACAAGGUUCCAGCAGAUUAUAAAUCCUGAUAAACUUCAUGUCUGCUCAUUAAGUGUAUCCAAAAGUGGAGUUCCACUGCAUCUGCCUGCACUCCAGAUGGCUUCUUGCACACAAAAUCUAAAUUCGAUGCCGACUGGAACCUUCGCGUAUCAGGAGCCAAAAAACUACGGGGAUUUUGUAAAACCAAGUCUCGACUUUCAGGGUGAUAGUAACAUCAAUCCAACUCCAGUUGACAGUUGCAUUGAAAUGAAAUUGCGAGCAAAUCACCGCCGUCCUCAUAUGCAAGGUUUCUAGUAUCAGACUUUCGACGACAGCCAACAAUGGCUGGGUAUUCUAACCUGACUAUUCCAUUUUUUGUAGUGAAACAUUUGUGAAGCUUUCUUCUGGUUACUGUCUGAAUUAGAUAUAGUACAUUAAAAAUUCAUUACUUGAAAUAUUUCAUGACACGACAAAGAAAUCUAAAAGUAAACAACAUGUGUAUAGGCAGUUAGUACAGUAAGUCCGAAACUUUCUGAAUACAUUCAUGUGCUCUUUGUAAAAAAUCAGUCCAUUAUUUGUAAGAGUGACGGACUGAACCGUGUUUCUUCAUGAGUGACUAUAAAUUUGGUUGUCUCAGCCUUUACCGUGUAGCAUUUUGUAUUCCUUAUGUGACAAAUGAAACUGUGGUCAUUUUCAAUAUUCUGUUGGAUGUCUAGUUAUUCUUUCACCAAAUUAACCAGAGACUUAAAAGGAAAUCACAAGGAAUUCUUCCAGGAAGCAGUGUCCUUUUAUCAUACAAAUGAGCGAAGUGAGAGACAGACUUCCUCCAGUCAGUU